ACUAAACACACACCACCUCUAUAUAAACCCAUCCUUCCCCCUUUCUCUCUCCCAUCACUCAAUCCUCCAACUACACUUCCCAUUUCUGAUUUCUCAUCCCCAAACACGCCCUUACCUUACUUAGUUACUUGAAAAAUCAACCAUCCAUGGCAAAACUUUCCACUUUUGUCCUUCCACUCUUUCUAGCUUCACUCUCUUUAAUCAGCCAUAUUCUAGCAACGAGUCAACCCACUGAGUCAACUCAUAACGAAAUGUUAUUCCAGUACCACAACGGCCCUCUACUUAACGGCAAAAUCUCCGUCAAUCUUAUCUGGUAUGGCAAAUUUACCCCUUCUCAAAAAUCCAUCAUAUCCGACUUCGUCACCUCGUUGUCAAUUCCUUCCAAGACUGCCCAACCAUCCGUCGCCACGUGGUGGAAGGGGACCCACAAAUACUAUUCCAAGUCAUCGUCAUCAUCUUCUCCAUUCUCUCUUACCAUGGGCGCUCACAUAUCUGAUCAAACCUACUCUUUAGGGAAAUCAAUCACCAGCCGUCAGAUUCAACAGCUGGCAGCAAGAGGUGGUCAAAGCUACGCCAUCAACGUCGUGUUGACUUCUGCUGACGUGUCCGUCGAUGGAUUUUGUACAAGCAGGUGUGGGACCCACGGGUAUUCAUCGACCUCAAACGUGGCUCAUCUAAGGGGAGGAAGGAAGAGUAAGAACAACAAGUUUACCUACAUCUGGGUGGGUAACUCGGAAACUCAGUGUCCAGGUCAAUGCGCUUGGCCUUUUCAUCAGCCCAUUUACGGCCCACAAAGCCCACCUUUGAUUGCACCCAACAACGAUGUGGGCCUUGAUGGGAUGGUCAUGAACUUGGCUAGCUUGUUGGCUGGGACUGUGACUAAUCCGUUUGGAAAUGGGUAUUACCAAGGCCCAAAAGAGGCCCCACUUGAGGCUGCAUCGGCUUGCCCCGGAGUUUAUGGUAAAGGGGCUUACCCGGGUUAUGCCGGGGAUUUGUUAGUGGAUCCAAUAAAUGGAGCAAGUUAUAAUGCUAAUGGGUUGAAUGGGAGGAAAUAUCUGCUUCCUGCGUUAUAUGACCCUUCUACGUCUUCUUGUUCUACCUUAGUUUAAUUAAGUUUAAUAGAAGCAGAACACAGUAAUGACAAUUUAUGUAUAGACUAUAGAGUUAAGAAUGCUCCUUAGUAUAAAAGUAUAUUUAGAAAGUAAACCUACAUUCUUUCAUUCAAUACCAAUAUUUGUUUUUCCUUAAAGUUUAAUGAAUUACUAUACUAUUUUCUUUUACGUUA